GACUGUUUGCUCUAAAGAAGUUUAAGAAAGGAGAAUUUCUUCUGGAAUAUAAAGGAGAGCUUUUGACUGAGAAGCAGGCUGAACAAAGGGAAUACAACAACCAGCACUGCUAUCAAUAUUUCUUCAGUUCAAAAGGCAAAACAGUCUGCAUAGAUGCCAUCCAUGAUACUAGUUUGGCACGGCUGGUCAAUGACUCCCCAUAUACUAGCAGGGCCUGUAAUUCGCAAAUGAAGAAAAUUGCCGGUAGUGGUGAUAACGUCCACAUUUGCCUCUUUGCCAUCAGGGACAUUGACAUUGAUGAAGAAAUAAGGUAUGAUUACCAUGUCAAGGGCCUACCAUGGCGAAAGAAGGGAACAACACAGAGACGAUUAGGUCCAUCUUCCAGUGCUAAUGUUGCAUUAGCAUUGAGUACUACAUCAAAUCGACCUGCCACAGAGAAUGUACCAGACUUGCCAAUCACUGAGAAUGAAGUAGUCGGUGAAACAUCUAUGAGUGUUGAGACAGAACCAGAAGUUAGUCCGUCAGGUCAAGCAUCGAGUACUACGUCAAAUCAACCCGCUACAGAGCAUGUACCAGACUUGCCGAUCACUGAGAAUGAAAUAGUCGGUGAAACAUCUAUGAGUGUUGAGACAGAACCAGAAGUUUGUCCGUCAGGUCAAGCAUCGCGUACUACAUCAAAUCAACCCGCCACAGAGUAUGUACCAGACUUGCCAAUCACUGAGAAUGAAGUAGUCGGUGAAACAUCUGUGAGUGUUGAGACAGAACCAGAAGUUAGUCCGUCAGGUCAAGCAUCGCGUACUACAUCAAAUCAACCCGCUACAGAGUAUGUACCAGACUUGCCGAUCACUGAGAAUGAAAUAGUCGGUGAAACAUCUAUGAGUGUUGAGACAGAACCGGAAGUUAGUCCGUCAGGUCAAGCAUCGCGCACUACGUCAAAUCAACCCGCUACAGAGUAUGUACCAGACUUGCCGAUCACUGAGAAUGAAAUAGUCGGUGAAACAUCUAUGAGUGUUGAGACAGAACCAGAAGUUUGUCCGUCAGGUCAAGCAUCGCGUACUACAUCAAAUCAACAUGCCACAGAGAAUGUACCAGACUUUCCAAUCACUAAGAAUGCAAUAGUCGGUGAAACAUCUAUGAGUGUUGAGAUGGAACCGGAAGUUUGUCAUAGUACAUCAGGUCAAUCUAUUAUUGAGAAUAAUGCAGUACCAGACAGUAUUUAUAGAAGAGAAGUGGACCUUGAUAGUGGAUCAAAUGCUAACUCUUCAGACUUCUAUGAUGAUUCGGAUAAUGAUUCAGACUAUGUGCCAGAGUCUGUUAAUGAUGAAAGUGAUGAGGAGAACAGUCCACUUCCAGUAACAUCCCGGAUGACAAUGCAAUAUCAUGACAAUCAAUCAAAUAACAGCAAUGCUGCACGAGUGCGUGCUGUUUCUCCCAAUUUGACUGUUGGUCAUUCUCCAGUAGGAGAGCAUGCAGUUUCUCCUGAUUUGACUGCUGGUUAUUCUCCAGGAGAUACUGGACAUGCAGCGAUAUUGGUGAUGCGUACUGAAAAUCAAGGCAAGAGAAAGUGGGACAAAGGGGCGUACUGCCCAUUCUGCAAAACCUAUCAGAAGAAACUUCCGAGGCACUUGCAGACAAGAAUACAUGAGGAUGAGGUAGAAGUGAUACGAUUAAAAUCUAUAAAAGAUGAGACAUUGAGGGAUCAAAAACUAACCAAACUCAGGCAUCUUGGCAAUUACUACCACAAUACAGAGGUGAUAAGGAAUCAGAAAGGCACAAUAAUUCCAGUUUACCGGCCCAACUUUGAUGCAAACUAUCAAAAUUAUGUGCCUUGUAGUGUUUGCCUUGGUUUCUUUGCUAAGAGAGAUCUUUGGAAGCAUGGCUGCAAACUGCAGGAGAAUAGAGAUGCAAGGAACAAUGAUAGGGACAGUGGACCUCAGCCGAAAAAGUCAAGAAAGGAACAUGUAAGACCAGGCAAGCUUCUCCUCCCCUCAGUAGGUGUUAGUGAUAAGGCUCACAAAAUCCUCUCUGGACUGAGGGAUGAUGAAGAAGGGGUAGCUCGCUUAGUAAAAUCAGAUGACCUCAUCAAAAAGCUAGCAGAGAAAUUAGCUUUGAAAUUAGGACAUGAUAAAGAUCAAAAUUCAUAUGUGCGAACAAAAUUGAGGGAACUAGGAAGACUCGUGCUGAAUUACAGGGAUCUAACAGGGGAAAAAUGUGCAUGCCUUGCAAAUUUGAUAAAUCCGGUGAAAUUCAGUGAAGUAGUAGCUGCAACUCGACACACCGCCGGAUUUGAUAAGGAGAAUCAUCAAUAUGAAACACCAAGUCUUGCCUUAAAGAUAGGACACUCAUUGAAGAAGGCUGCAGGAAUAUUGCUUGGAGAAGCCAUCAUGAAGGAGGAUGAAAAACUGGAAAAAAGGUGUGCAGCUUUCUUGAAGCUUUGUGACCUCAGAUGGGAAGAAAUGGUAUCGACACAUGCUCAUCGUACACUUAAUGAACAGAAGAGGAACAAUCCCACCUACCUUCCUCUAAUGCAGGAUGUUGUGAAGCUUACAACUUACCUCAAAGAGGAAAUUGAGAGAGGAAAGGUAUUAAUGUCAAAGAACCCUUCAGACGUGGCGGCAUAUAAAGGCCUUGCUGAAGUAACACUGACAUCCAUUUUGGUUUUCAACAGGAAGCGGGCUGGAGAGGUUUCUAAGAUGAAACUGGCCGACUUUGCACACUGCAAAAAGGGAGGAGAAGACCUCAUGACUGAUGGACUGUCAUCAUGGGAGAAAGAAUUAUGCAGAGUUGUGUACCGCAUUGAAAUCAUUGGAAAGAAAGCAAGGACGGUUCCGGUGCUGCUAUCCGAGCAAGUCAAACAAAGUUUGGAUGUUCUAAAGAACUCGAGAGAUCUUGUGGGAGUAGAUCCAGCGAAUGAAUAUAUGUUUCCAUGCAAUUCUGAAGGCCACAUGAGGGGCUGUGAUGCAUUGCGCAAACACGCAAACCUAUGUGGGGCAAGGAAACCAGAAUAUCUUAGAUCUACACGUCUACGCAAACAUAUUGGUACUGUUUCACAAGUCAUGAACCUGAAAGAUCACGAACUUGACAUUUUGGCAAGAUUUAUGGGUCAUGAUAUCAGAGUCCACCGUGAUUACUAUCGUCUGCCAGACCAAACAAUGCAAUUGGCGAAAGUCACAAAGGUACUCCUGCAAAUGGAGAAAGGGGAUGUCACUCACCUUGCAGGAAAGAGCCUUGAUGAGAUAGAUGUCACAGAGGGAGAAGAAAUACAUCUGGAUGAUCUGUCUGAUGCUGAUGAUCCUGAUGAAGAUGUAUCACAGAACAUCCCUAGAGCCCCUGACAUGACUGCUGAUGAUGGAAGUGGACCAACAGGAAGCGAUGGUCAGGAAGGGAUUCCUACAGGAGUGCUGCGAGAAACUCUCAAUCUGAAAGGGUCACAGGGAACCAAGAAGAAGACUUCUGAGAGAAAGGUCUGGACCAAGAAGGAAAAGACGGCCGUUGCAAGCUCACUACGAUAUUUUUUCAUUCAUCAUAAGCUGCCAGGAAAGCGUGAGAUUGAAAAAGCUAUGUCUUCUCAGCCAGUAUUACAGGCAAGGAAUUGGAAGAACAUUAAAGACUUUGUACGUAAUAAUAUAAAGAAGGAUGACCCAUUAAGUUUCUUGUGAAUUGAAGUCAUUUAAUCUCCUGGAAGCUAUGUCCAAUACCAAAAGUAAAUUAUAGAAACGGUUUUUAUUUAUUGUGUUUACCAUUAUUGUUGAUGGUGCAUGAACUACUUGCAAAUCUCUUUUAAACCUUCAAGAGAGGACUGUCUUGUUGCAAGUUGUCACCAAGGUGUCCUAAUUAUCUUUCAUGAACUAGCAUAAUUCACAUUCACAGUAAAGGUUUGUUAAACAGUGCACAAGUGCCUACUCAUCAACCACUAAAUUACAAUUAAAGGCAGUCCUCUCUUGAAGGUUUAAUUAAAGGAGAGUAAAUGUGCAGGUAAUGAGUGCAUCAUCAACAAAAAUGGUAAACACUUUAUAAAGACAUACUACUUUCCCUGUAUAUUAUCCAUGAUAUAUUCAUAAUUAACAUUGUCUGCUAGUACAAUAAAGGUUAUAGAGUGUACAAGUGUUGUGCCUAUAUACUCAUAGACUCGCAACCUUCAACUUUAGACGGUCCUCUCUUGAAGGUUUAAAGAUGAGUACAUGUAAAUAUCCGAUGGUUGAAUGCAUAACCAACAAUAAUGGUAAACACAAGUAUGAAUAAAACAGGUUAUCUAACCUGUCCUGUUUAUUUGCCAUGAACUAGUCAAAAUUCACAUUGACUUUGAGCAUAGCACACAAAAUUCUUAUUACACAUUGAAAAAAAUGUUGUGCCCACUUAUAGACCACCAACAUGCAACUAAAGACAGUCCUCUCUUGAAGGUUUAAAGAUGAGUUGAUCAAGAAAAUUCUAGAGAUGUUUUUUAUUGAUUGUGCAUGUUUACAAUUAUUGUUGAUGGUGCAUAGUUAACUACUUGCAAAUCUCUUUUAAACCUUGAAGUGAGGACUGUCUUGUUGCAGGUUGCCAUCAAGGUGUCCAAAUUUAUUUUCCUUGAACUUGCAUAUUUCACUUUGUCUAUUAUAGCAAAGUAAAUGUUUAACAGUGCACAAGUGGUAUGCCUAUACCCAUAGACUGGCAACCUGCAAGUAAAGACAGUCCUCUCUUGAAGGUUUAAAGAUGAGUUGAUAAGGACAAUGCUAGAGAUGUUUUUUAUCAAUUGGGUUUACCACUAUUGUUGAUGCAUUAACUACUUGCAAAUCUCUUUUAAACCUUCAAGAGAGGACUGUCUUGUUGCAGGUUGCCAUCAAUUGUGUCCAAAUUUAUUUUCCAUGAACUUGCAUAAUUCACUUUGUCUAUUAUAGCAAAGUAAAUGUUUAACAGUGCACAAGUGGUAUGCCUAUACCCAUAGACUGGCAACCUGCAAGUAAAGACAGUCCUCUCUUGAAGGUUUAAAGAUGAGUUGAUAAGGACAAUGCUAGAGAUGUUUUUUAUCAAUUGGGUUUACCACUAUUGUUGAUGCAUUAACUACUUGCAAAUCUCUUUUAAACCUUCAAGAGAGGACUGUCUUGUUGCAGGUUGCCAUCAAUUGUGUCCAAAUUUAUUUUCCUUGAACUUGCAUAAUUCACUUUGUCUAUUAUAGCAAAGUAAAUGUUUAACAGUGCACAAGUGGUAUGCCUAUACCCAUAGACUGGCAACCUGCAAGUAAAGACAGUCCUCUCUUGAAGGUUUAAAGAUGAGUUGAUAAGGACAAUUAAUGCUAGAGAUGUUUUUUAUCAAUUGGGUUUACCACUAUUGUUGAAUAUAUGCAUUAACUACUUUCAAAUCUCUUUUAAACCAUCAAGAGAGGACUUUCUUGUUGCAGGUUGUCACCAGGGCGCCCUACUUAUCCUUCAUUAACUAGCAUAAUUCACAAGUGCCUACUCAGCAACCACUAAACUGCAAUUCAAGGCAGUUCUCUCUUGAUAGUAGGGUCAAAAUACAGCUUAACCCUAAACAAAUGGCAAACCAAAUGUUUUUCAACGGUUUCUAGUAGUAUUUGACCUCAAGAAUAACAUAAUAAAAAUCUAAGUGAAAAAUCCAAAAGCCCGGAAAGCUGUUAUUUUCAAAAUGGCAUCCAAGAUAGCUGCCGGUGCCUAAAAUUAGCUGUAAACACAAGUACAGUGUAUAGAUAAAACAUCUACCGGCAUGUCCUGUUUAUUUGCCAUGAACUAGUCAUAAUUCACAUUGACUUUAUAGGGAGGAAGGAUGGGUCCCCGAGCACCCGAAAGGUAUAUUUUUUUUAAUGCGGAUUUUU